AUGGGGAGCACCCAUGCCGCGGAGACGGAGCAAGAGUUGCAAAGUGUGGAGGACGUUCCCGGGGGGCGAGCUCGACUGCAAGAAGUGUAUCCCUGGACGCAGCUCGUUCGCAAGGCUUUUUCUCGGAUGCAGCUGCGGGACCCAGAAGCCUAUAGAGACGAUCUGGCAGAUGAGGCGAUCCUGCGCGUUCUCAGCGCUGCCGAGCCUUCUCUGAGCUCCCUUACAGAGCUGGAGGUGUUCUUCGAGCUGUGCCCACCCACCGGCCCUGAGUUCGCAGCGGCAGUGCCUGCCAGCUGGGCUCAGGCUCUUUUGGAUCGCCAGCCCUCCUUGCGGAGUUUGCGCCUCCGCCUUGUGCCGGCGAAGAUCGCCGAGGAGGAAUUCUGGACGCGCUACCUGGGUGCGGUUUUCCGCGUGUUGGAAGCGAAUCUGAUGCAAGAGCUGGACGAGCCAGCGCUCUGCAAAAGAGAUUCUGUCUGUGCCAAGGCUCAGGGGCCGCCAUGUGGGGAGGUUCCUGCGGGUUCUGGGUUUCUCUGCUGCUGCAGACAGGAUGGAAAACAGUCUACAAGCAGAAAUUACAAAGGGUCCCGGCCAUGUGUUGCGGCUGUGGUGUUCCAUGUUCAUGUGGAUAACAUUUUAGCGUCCAGAAUGGGUGACAUGAUUCCGUAG